GCGGUUGAUGUGUCUUUCCAAGGCCCCCGCAAAGUUCAACUCUUUGAGAUGCAAGUUGGGACUGCAACGUCGGUUCUAAAUCCUACUUCGGAAUAUUUGAAUAGUCAAGGGACAUGGGUCACGUAUAUUUUGGUGAUUCUGGUAGUGCACUUCAUUUUACUAUGCAUCCCACUCUUCACUACCGCUGUUGUUUGGACGUUGACCUGUACUUUUCACAAUGUUGUUAUGUAUCUCUUGUUACACUGGGAGAAAGGAAGCCCGUAUGAAACAUUAGAUCAAGGAGAAUCUCGUGUUCUUACUCAAUGGGAGCAGUUUGACGAUGGUGAACAAUUUUCACCGACAAAGAAAUUCCUCUUAGUUGUCCCGAUUGUUUUAUUCUUACUUGCAAGUUUCUACACAGAAUACGAUCCUCUUCAUUGUUUUAUCAACGCAUCGUCAAUGAUUGUUCUAGCCGUACUUCCUAAGCUGCCUCAGUUUUAUAGGGUUCGUUUUUUUGGUAUCAAUCGUUGGUAGUCCCAUUUUUCCUUAUGUUCACAUCCUUAUAUUAAUAAAAACAAUAAUAGUAACAAUUAAAUUACAUUCGGUGUUUUGUUUCCUCUUCUGUAUUCGGUUUAUUGUAUUACAGUUGGAAGAGAGAAAAAGGGACAUUUCACCCCUUCCACUUCGAAAAGUGCACAGAUAUCAGAUAGUAAUUGUCGACUUCUCUUUUUUUACUUUGUGAUAUUGUGUUCAACCCCUCCUACAUACACUUAUGUGAUAUCUUACCAAAAAAUUGUUCUUUAGAUAUGUACGCUGGGUAUGUGUUUUUCUACUUUUAAAACGUUUUUUUACUACCGUUUUUCAAGUUUCAAAUUAAUAUUUGUACCUUUAUAUUAAGCUGUGGAUGUGUUUUUUCCUUUCUAUCUCUGUAUCAAAUUCACUUCUAAUUGGAAUAUAAUUAUCGUUAGUGUUA